AUGCUCAGUCAUUCUACAAAAGAUCCAUUUCGUGAAAAUUUUCAAAAGCUCAUGAAAAAGAAAAAAAAACCUGAACAAGUCAGGAAAUAUGAACAAUUCAGGAAAAAAAAGAAGAAAAAAAAGAAGAAAAAAAAAAAUAUACACAAUAUAACAAAAUACUUUAUAGAACCACAUAAAAUGUUAGAGAAAUUUAAAAGUAUAAAGAAGAAAAAGUGUUUCUUUAUUUUAUCUCUAAAUAUAGAUAAUAAAAAGAAUGAAGAAAAGUUGAGAAAUUCAAAAAAUAAAAUAAAAUUUAUAUACGAAAAUUUUCUAGAAAAAGAUGAUCAAGUAAUAGUUAAACCUAGUAAUAAAUUUUUAGAUACAUGUAAUCAUGGACAAAUAAAACCAUGUUCUUUAAAAAAAUGUUAUAAUAAGGAUGAUAUAAAAGUAAAUUUCUUAAAUGAUAUGGAAACUCAAUUAAAGCUAAAUGCGUUGCAUAAAAAUGUAAAAGAUAAUGAAAAUAUAGAAAAUAAAAAACGUAUAGAAGAAACAGAAAUAGAAAUGUUAAAAAAUAUGUCUUAUAAAGAAAAUAAUAUAUCUACAAGUAUAAGAAAAAAAGAGAAUGAUUACGGUUCAACUAAUGAAACGUCUGAAAAUUUUUUAAUAAAAAACAAUUAUAUGAUACAAAAUAAAAAUGUCCAUAUCAAAUGGAUAAGAGAAAAAAAAGAAGAUGAUUCUUUUGAAAAAAUAGAUUAUAUGAAAUCAAAUAACUUUGCAUUAAAUAAUAAUAAGAUAAAAAUAAAUUUUGACAAAACAAAAGUUAAAUUUGUACAUUUAAAAUGUCCAACCAAAAAAUUAGUAAAAACACAUAAUCAUAAAAAUAUAAAAGAACAUAUAUACUUAAAGGAUAUUUUUGAUUUGAAAAAUCAAAAGACAAAAAAUAUAUUAACAAAUAUUAUAAGAAGAGAAAAUAAAAAUGAAGAUAUAAAUGAAAAUGAACCAAACACUUUUAACAAGAAGAACUUAAAUAAUACUAUUAAAAGGAAAAUUAUCUUUUCAAAUAUUUAUAAAAAUUAUAUAAUAAAUAAAUAUAAAUCUAGUAAUGAAUUUUUAAAAACAAAUCGCUUUAAUUCGAAAGGAUUUAUUAUGAACCAAUUUCUUAACAUAAAUUCGUUCACAGAUAAUAAUACAAAUGCACAUCAUACAAACUUUGAAAUAAAUGAGAACACAAAUAAUAUAAAAGAUGUUAAAAAUGUUAGAAAUAUAAAUACAUGUAAUAAUAAUAGUAAUAGUAAUAGUAAUAACACUAUAAGAGAUAUUAUAAAAAAAAAAAAAUUAUGCCAUGAAAAUGAAUAUAAUAGAAAUGUUAUAAAUACAAAUAUUUGUGAUAGAAAAAAAAUAAGAACAACAUAUCUAAAUUUUCUACCUAAGGAAAAGAAAGGAUAUUUGAAUAGUUUUUUACAUGAUAUAUAUCGUCUUGAAAGGAUGUUUAAAUUACGGAAAAAAAAUAAAAUAUUUAGAAAAGAUAGAAUAGUAAAAUUAUUUGUGGAUAACGAUAAUGUAUAUAUUAAAGAUUUUAAAAUAUAUCAAAAUGAAGAAAGAUAUAAAAAUGUUUUAUCAAAUGUAAAGAAUAUAGAAAUAAUGAAAAGAGAUAUUUUAAGUUUCCCAGAAAAUCCAUUACAUUUAUAUGAACUUGAAAAUUAUAAAUGUAAAAUAAAUACAAAUAUUAUAUAUAUACCUGCACUAAAAAUAGAAAAUGAAGAUAUGAAUCUUUUUAAAUACAAAAAUACAUGGUAUGAACUUUUUUUUUAUAAUAAUCAAAAUAAUAAAGAUACCUUAUAUAAUUAUCAAAUAAUUCGUCUAAAUUUUGAACUGAUGGUUUCAAAAAUAAAAGAUAUUGUUAUUCUAGAUAAGAAUACUCAACAUUUUAAUUAUCCGUAUAUUUAUAAUGCAUAUUUAGUACCACCUAUAGAUAUAUACCAGCUCGAUAAUUCCUUAAGAAUACAAAAAAUAACAAGUGAUAAUGCCUUUAUAAAUAAUGGUUCUUGGACAUUUUUUCGAAAAAAAAAAAGAAGAAAUAGUUAUGAUAUAAAUAUGAGAAGAAAUAAAUAUUAUAUAGAUAAUUGUUCUACAAUCAAAGCUGUUAAAAAAAAUUUCCAUCUACAUCUAAAAAAUGAUAUAGAUUCAUCUUUUUUUAAAUUAAAAGAAAAUCAAAAUCGAAAUCAAAAUCAAAAUCAAUAUCAAUAUCAAAAUCAAAAUCAAUAUCAAUAUCAAAAUCAAUAUCAAAAUCAAUAUCAAUAUCAAAAUCAAUAUCAAAAUCAAUAUCAAUAUCAAAAUCAAUAUCAAAAUGAUUUAAAUAAUAUUAAUAAUAAUACAUGUAACAAUAACACGGAUACAUUAACAAUAGAUAAACAAAAUAAUGAUAAUUAUAUGAACUUGUUUCAAAAUAAAAAACAAAAUUUUUUUAAUUUAUAUAAUAAUACAAUUAAUAAAUCAAAUGAACUAUAUAAAAAUAAGGUUUCCAUAAAAUUAUUGCCCAAUUAUAUUUUUGAAUCAAGUAUACAUAAAAAGAAUUCACACGAAAUAAUAGACAAUAAAAAUGAUGUUUCUAUAUUUUAUAAACAAAAUAAAAAUAUUUCUUUUUAUGAUGAUAUUAUAUAUGAUUGUUCAUGUAUAUAUAUGACAUUUAGUAAUAGUAAAUUAGAACCCGUUUAUCCUUAUAUUAGUAAGAACCUUUUCUUUCUUUUUGAAUAUUAUUAUAAUUAUUUAGUAAAUAUGAUUAAGCAUGUUAAGUUAUAUAAAAUAAAGUACAAUUCUAUUUUACCAAAAGGUAAAUAUUUAUCAUGCAGUAAUAAAAAUAUAGAAACUAAUAAAAACAUAUUUUAUAAUAAUAAAGGUAAAAUGAUCAAAAAUGUAAAGCAGGGUACAGAAAAUAAAUUUAUGUAUCUAAAAAGGAAUCGUGCUUUGGCAAAUAUUAUGUAUAAACAUAAAUUUAUACAGAAUGCAACUUAUGCAGCUAGGAAUAAAAGAAACUUUCUUAAAAUACCUAGGAAAACACAAAUACAUAAUUUUAAAAUAAGGGAUUUUUUAAAUUUUAAAUUGUAUAAUUCUAUUUUUGAUACAAUAAGAGAAAAAAAUAGAAGCAAAAUAAAAAAGGAGCUAUCCAAAGAAGAAGUACAGGUACCUAUUUUUUUAUGGGUUAUUUUUGGAGGAAAAGAUAUGAAAUCAAUGGAUUCUUUAAAUAUGGUCUAUAAAGUAUUGAGAUAUGCGACUGAAAUCCCUCCAGAUGAAUAUCAAAAAUAUAUAAGAAGCUUGAAAAAAGUUCAAAUAAAUAAAAGUACUAAUGGGACAUUACAAAAAGAUUUUUCUAUUAAUAAUAUGUUCAGGAAUGUAAAACAAGAAAAGGAAAGAACCAAAUAUAAAUAUGAACAUAAUGAUUUGACAAGACAAGAUGUAAUAAACAAACAUAUAACAAAUCAAAAUGUAACACAUCAUCCUUCUCAAAAAUUUCAUAAUUUACCAAAAAAUAUAUUUUAUGAUACCAAUUUGUAUAAUACAUCUACAGAAAUUUACAAAAGAAUUAUAAAAUAUUAUGAUAAUUAUAAGGAAAAAUAUAAAGAAUAUGGCCCACAUAAUUAUCACGAAUUUCUUGAGUAUUAUAAGAAUAUACGAAAUAAUAAUUACUAUGAUAAUAUGUAUGUUCAUACACCUAAUAUUAAGAAAAGCAUGCAAAAUAUGAAUACUUUUGAAAGGUUCGAUCAAGAAAAAAAUAAGAAAAAAUGUUUUAAAAAAUACGGAAGAUGUGUCAAAUUUGCACAGAUGAAUUCAAACAAUAAAAAUAAUUGUGUGGAUAAUACAUUAAAAAGAAAUGAGAGCCCACGUUUUAUUGAUAAAGAAAAAAGUUCGUCCGAAGAAAUGUUGGAUAAAAUAGAACACCAUUUAAAAGAAAAAAAUGAAGAAAUCAGUGAAAAAUUAAGUGAAGAUAUAAGUGAAGGAAAAAAGGACAGAACGAUUGAGGACACAUGUGAUAAGACACAUGAAGAGACAAAUAACGAAACAGACGACGAAAUAAAUAAAAAGACAUACAAUAAAAUAUACGAUGAAACAUACGAUAUACCAAGUGCACAAAAAAAUAAAGGAGAUUCAGAAUGGUACGAUUUAUACAUGGAACCAAGUGAUAAUGAAAAUAGCGAUGUAAACACAGAUGAUGAACUCUUCAAUUUUAUAUCUUAUCAUAUGCAAGGAAGAAAUCCGUCUUUUGAAAAAAAAAAAAAAAAAAAUAAUAAUAAUAAUAAUAAUAAUUGGAAUAAGGCAAAAUUAAAUUAUACAGAUAUAUAUGGACCUGUUAUAUAUAAAAAGAAAAAGAAAAAUCAAAAUGCUGAAUAUGCUUUUUUAUUGUUAGAUUACCCUGCAUAUAAUAAUAGUAUAGGUCACCCAUCUCCUUUAACAUUCAAAACGAGUGCUAUAUCAGCUUUAAAAGUUGCCAUAAAAGAAAUCAAGGAAAAGAAUAAAAACAAUAAUAGUAUAUCAAUAAAUAUAUUUGGUUAUUCUUUAGGUUGUUCUGUUACUUUACAGUUAGUUUUAGAUAUUGCUAAAAGUUUGUAUAACGACUUUUUUGAAGACAUUAAAAAAGUUUGUUAUGAAGGAAAAGAAAUCGAGCCAAUUAAAGAGAUAAAGAAUGAAGGUAAUUUAUAUAUAAAAUUAAAUAAUAAUAAUAAUAAUAAUAAUAAUGAAAAAAUAAAUGAAUAUGUGUAUGAUGAAAAGAAAAUAUUGACAUUUCAAGAUAUAUUAGGUGACCAGAUCAAUUGUUCCUCUUCUAGUAUUAUGAAAGAAUAUAUAUUAAAUCGUAAAAGAUAUAAUAAUGAAAAAAACAUAAAUGAACAAGAUAAAAAAGGAGAUGAUUUUUCUGAUAAUAUUUUAUGUCCUAUAAAGGAUAAUAAUGAUUCUGAAAUAAAUAUGAUUACAAAGGAAAAUACGUUUGACAUUUAUACAAAUUUUGAUAAUGUAAAAGAAAAGAAUUAUAAUAUGGAAAAAAAAAUUACAAUAAAUGAAUUAUUAAAUAAAGUAAGAGAAAGAAAGAAAAGAAAAGAAGAAAUAUUAAAAGAAUAUUUAAAAAUUACUGUUGACAAAGUUGUGUUGAUUGCUCCAUUUACUAAUACACAACAACUAGUAAAAAGUGUUGUUAAUAAUAGUGUCCUAUUUUUAUUAAGCUCCUUUAUUAUGAACAAAAAAUGUUCUUAUGUUCAUUGGGACAAUAUGAUCGUAUUAAAAGAAUUUUUUAAAAUUAUUAAUGAUUUUAAAAAGAAUAAAUAUUUAAAUGAUAUUUUUUAUAAUUUACAAAUUGAUUUUAUACAUGGGCAAAAAGAUACUCUUGUAAAUUAUGAAAUGAGUAUGAAAUUAUAUUAUUUAACAAAUAAACUCAUUUUUAAAUAUUCUAUAAACAAUAUCAAAACUUUCUUACAUAUUUUUAAAGAUGAUUGUCAUUCUUCGGUUUUUAAUUCUGAAGCAGAAAAUAAAAUUUUACAAAUCAUGUUUAGACCAUUGAAAUUACACCCUUUUAGUACAAUCAACAUACACAAAAUUCAUUAUAAUCUUUACAAAGAUAUUUAUUUGUUAAAGACAACCUAUUUAAGAUUUAUAGCUAGCGCUAGCUCAAAAAUUUUAAAUAGCUAG